AUUCCCUCUGCGCACGUCGCGCUGAUCGCUAGCAGUCGCUCCCGUUGCCCGGCAUUCGAUUUCGUGUUCGAAUUUGAUUCCGUUUCAGCUCGUCUCGUUUACGCUACGUUAUUGAACACUUGAAGCACCGUUUUUUUUCGUUCUUUCUCUGUCGAAACAACGCAAUAAGUUUCACUAUAUUACGAGCAGGCGUGUGUUUUUCAAAAACUGAAGCAUAUUGUGUGCGAGUUACGCGAUAUUGUGAAAAGGCAAAAACAACAACGAUUUCAAAGACUUUGUUUAUUUAAACUGUAAACAGAAGAGCGCGAAAAUGGGUCGUCUGUUCCAAUACAAUCGCUUUGGCGCCACGGAAAGUGUUAAUAAACGUAAAAAGGAUACACAAAAGAAGGCACACGAUAAUGCAAAGAUGUUACGCAACGUGAUCAAUUGUCCCAGCUACUCGGACGUAUAUGGCACCCAUGCAGGCAAAAACCUGGACCUGGCCUUUAACAGAUGCCAACAAUGGAGCAACAAGCUGCAGCCAUCAACAACAGCCACAGCCGAGGAGCCCGCACAGAGUCGCACGCACAAGGUCUACGACAGCAUGAAGAACUUUUUGCAGCGCAAACUGUUUGCGCAACCCUCGCAAAAAGAUCGCUUGCAAUGCGAGGAGCCAACCAGCGACUAUGAUGAGCAGGACCUACUCGACUCCUCGUACCAUGCCGACGCGGAGGAAGAUGAGGAGGAACUGGUGGCCAAUUGCAGCUGCAGCUCCAGCAGCACGCCGAAGCGUGUCCAGCACAACAACAAGUCGCCGCAGAAGUCGCUGCUGUCGCUCAACUGCUGGCAGAGCAGCCAGCCCAGCGACACGAGCAGCAGCAGCAGCGAGGAUGCGCCGCCCGACGACCACGAUGAGUCCGAUGCGGGCAUCUCCGACUGCUGUCAGCUGCUCAACGAGCACAGCAACAACAACAGCAGCAGCAGCGCAAGGCGCCGCAGCACGCCGAGGAGACGUGCCACGGCACGCUGGAACAGCAACUCGGACGAUGAGGAGUGGGAGGAGGAGGAGCUGUUGCAGUGCGCCUGGUAUCAGCCGCGCAUCACGGCCAAGGCGGCGCAAGAGCAUCUGCAGUCGGCCACGCCCGGCAGCUUUCUGCUGCGUCGCAGCACGCCGCGCCGCUUCGAGCUGUGCCUGCGGCUCGAGCACAAGGUCAAGUGCUAUGCGGUGCAGUGCAGCCGCAGCGAGAUGUACAGCCUGAAGGGCGCCAAGAAGCAGUUCAGCACGCUGAAGGCGCUCAUCACCCAUCACUCGGUGAUGGCCGAGCAGCUGCCCCUGACCCUGGACAUGCCCAGGGAGCGGGACCUGGUCAAAAGCGCCGCGGUGCGCUAUGCGGACGACUUCGAGCCGCUCGAGUCGCUGCAGCUGCUGGGCAUACUGAAGAGCCUGCAGGCCAAGAACUUCGAGGCAUAGGCGUAGACUAGGCUGGUAGCUGGUAGCUGGUAAGGGGGAUCUUUUUUAUCGAACUGCAAAGGGAACGAUAGGUGAAAAAUUAUGCUAAGUUAUUUAGAGUUCUUGUGAUAUAGUUUACGAUAAAUGCGACCAGGUUUUAGCUCUUAA